GCGAGUUUGAAGAGAUGACCGAAGCCGUGGAUGCUCUGCUCGUUCCAUCUUUCUUAGAUUUUUUGGAACGAGUAGAGCUAGAGUAGAAGGGCAUCAUGGGUAGAUCGGGUGGUUACUAGUGGUCAAUAUGGUAGCUUCAAAAGGCCGCAGCGCAAACCAGCCAUACCCCAAAAGGUGAACAGAAAGAACAAUCAAAAGGUACUCUGAAAGGGUGAUGGUGAUGGUGUUUGGAGGGGAAGCAUCCAAGGCAUAUCAAGGGAGAAGGAAUGUAGGACAGAAUGCGGUUGAUAGGUCUCUUCCUCCCUGUGUAGCGGAUCGGAAUACCCUUGACAAGCGUAGUUUGAAGAUCACUGACGGACUAUGGAUCCCUCCACUGGAGAUCCCGCCGAUUAGCCGGUCAGAACCGGAAAUAAUCAACAGUAAAUACUGGAUGGACAAGGCGAAUCAGCCCCCAACACCCAGGACGAAGAUGAGACAAAUCUCCGACAAGAGCGACGAAGAAAAGCGCUGA